AUGUUGCAGAUGCAGAAAGUUGGACAAAAGAGAUGCUUGUUCUUGCUGUCAAUUUUUGCUUGUCUUCUUUUCUUUUCAUAUGGAAGAGUUCUCAAGUUGAAGAGUGAUGAUGAUGGUAGACCUGUUUACAACCAUACGCUCGCCAUAACGCUUGUGGAGUAUGCUUCUGCGGUCUACAUGUCUGAUUUGACAGAACUCUUCACUUGGACCUGUGAAAGAUGCAAUGGAUUGACAAAGGGUUUCGAAGUAAUAGAGAUAAUAGUUGAUGUUGAGCACUGCCUACAGGCAUAUGUCGGGGUGGCUAAGGAUUUGAAUGCUAUAGUUAUUGCAUUUCGGGGAACUCAAGAACACAGCAUUCAAAAUUGGGUCGAAGACUUGUUUUGGAAACAGCUCGAUCUAAAUUACCCUGAUAUGCCAGAUGCAAUGGUGCACCAUGGCUUUUAUAGCGCUUACCACAAUACAACUGUACGGCCUGCGGUUUUGGGUGCUGUAAAACGAGUGAAGAAAUCAUAUGGGGAGAACAUCAACAUCAUGGUGACUGGUCACUCAAUGGGAGGAGCCAUGGCUUCCUUUUGUGGGCUAGACCUAGUUGUAAAUGAAGGAGAAGAAAACGUACAGGUUAUGACAUUUGGGCAACCUCGUGUUGGGAAUGCAGCUUUUGCAUCUUAUUACAGUUUGCUUGUGCCUAAUACCUUCCGGAUCAUACACGACCAUGAUAUGGUUCCUCAUCUGCCUCCUUACUACCAUCUUUUCCCUCAAAAAACAUAUCACCACUUCCCAACAGAGGUGUGGGUGAAAGAACUCAGUUAUUCGAAUCCUGUUAUUUGUGGUAUGGAGAAAGUUUGUGACAACACCGGUGAAGAUCCUACAUGCAGCAGAUCGGUGAGGGGAACAAGCAUUUCUGAUCAUUUAAGGUACUUUGGGGUAGAGUUGAUGUGUGAGACGUGGAGGCGAUGCACCAUCGUGAUGAGCCAUGAGAUGGAGAGUUACAGCAGGAAAGAUUCAAAGGGUAACAUAUUCCUGUCGAGGCUGACGGUUCCUUCUACGGAGGUAAUUGAAACGAAAACUCUAUCCAAAAUCGGAAUCUCUAGUCUAUAG